CUGUAGUCAAGGAACUUCUAUCGAGUCCCGUUAAAAACGUAUUUUUCCUCUGAUUUUCCUUAAUUGCUAUCAUGGCCGUGGUCCCCAUUGCAGUUUUUCAAGCGACUUUUAGAUGGCUUGUGCAUAAAGGCAGAGAUAAAGCAGUCGAAAAGCUAAGCGAUGUAACACAUAAACAAUUUCGUAACAUCAUCAUGAGUGAAAUCGACGACAAGAGCUCCAAGUUGGAUGGAUUAUCGAAAAAAGAUUUGCGAGCAAGUAUCAGCUUCUUUAGAGAAGGAAUCGAGUUGUUGUAUGAAGGAUUUGACGAGAUAAGGUCAAGGAGUGAGUUUGGCGCGGAUACAGCACAAGCGACUUGUGCGGAAGUUGUGUCGCUCACUGAAAGAAUGCGAAAUUUAGAGCUUACCGAAUCUGCCACAAGAAAGCUUUCUCGUGCGAAGAAGAGAUUCGAACAAGCUCGUGAAUGGGCAACAAUAGCAUUUUCAAAUGAAGCACUAUCAACAACUGACCGCAUUUUAGCAAUGCAGUACCGAGUGAUGGCAACAGUAUUAGAGGCAAUAGAGAAUCCGUCCGAUGCUAUAGCACCGUGUAAAGUAUGUAUUAAAGAGCUAAACGGUCUUCCAACGGUUCAGCAAAGCUUUAAAGUACAGCUCAAGACAGGAAUCAGUGCGGUGAUGGGUUUGUUUUACCAAGAAGAACGAGUAAAAAUCAUUUCCGGUGUCUGUCGCGUCAAUCGUGUCGCCUUCGAUGUCACACAAGCGAUAUGCAGCAGAGGGCUUCUACUCCUGGAGUGGCCCAAUGUCGAUACAGGAGAGGAGAAAGUUGACUUACUGCAUGACAGGAGACUGGCUCUAUUACUACGUGAACAAGGUAUGGAGCAGUGUGAUCUAUCAUGGACAAUUGGUCAGGAUGGUGAAAAGGAGCACAGGAUAAAAAAUCCACUAGAUAUCGCUACCAACUCAAGCGGGCAAUAUAUUGUAGCCGACUAUGACUUGACAAUCAAGGUGUUUGACAAUAGUGGCAAAUUUGUGAAGUGUUUCAGACUUCCUCCUUUUAUUGAUGACAAUGGUAAAGAGCUAUCUACGGAAAACUGGAAGGUUAAACUGGCGACAGACAUAAACGACAACAUUUAUGUGCUGGUUGAAGAAAAGAAUCAUCAGCGUUGGAUUUUUAAGUUCGAUAAAUCCGCUGACCAGUAUCACAAGUUUCGCGAGAGGACAAUGGACCUCGAGUGCAAUCUGUGUAAACUGUCAGUUAGUGAUAGUGGCAAAGUGAUGGUAUUGAAAGGCAAUUAUACAAAGGACUAUCAUUUUGUGGAUCUAUACGAGACUGAUGGCCAGUUUGUUUGCAGUUUUGGAGAACAAAAUUUGAAGAGCCCGCGAGACAUCAGCACUGUAAGUGAUGGCAGAGUUAUGGUGGUGGACCAAACGCCUUCCCAUUGUGUACACAUAUUUAGCGAACUCGGUAAUCAUCUAAGUAAGUUUGAUCUCAAAGGGUUUGUUCACUUUCCAAACAUUGCAUUUCACAGGGAAAGUCAACAAGUCGUCUUGGCUAGUACUGACGAUGAAAAAGAGCUCCUAUGUAUUGGAAUAUACACCAAAGAUGGUGAGUUUGUACGAAGCGUUUUUAUCUACAAAAGUGGCUAUUUCCUGUAUAAGAUUGCAGUGAGCACUGAAGGACGCAUUGCAGCUCUAGGACCUACAUACGUCAAGCUAGAGUCCGGCGUCAUGGAUUAUAAAAUAGGAUAUCGAUUGAUUGUUCUAUAA